GUUACAAUACUAAUUCACACUUCCCUCCGACUAUAAAUAUCCUCCCUUCAAAACAUUCAAAAAAUCCGCAAAAGCCCCAAAAAAUCUCCGGCGAAGCCUCCGUCACCGACCGCCAAUGGCCGCCGUACCGGAAAAUCCAACCCGCGAACAAUGCCUCUAUUUAGCAAAACUCGCCGAACAAGCCGAACGUUACGAAGAAAUGGUAAAAUUCAUGGAAAAACUCGUAGUCGGAUCCGGAUCCGGGUCGGAGUUAACAGUCGAAGAGCGAAACCUCCUCUCUGUCGCGUACAAAAACGUGAUCGGUUCACUACGAGCAGCGUGGAGGAUAGUAUCGUCAAUUGAGCAGAAGGAAGAAGGAAGGAAGAACGAAGAACAUGUUGUGUUAGUGAAGGAUUAUAGAUCGAAAAUUGAAUCGGAAUUAACUGAUGUAUGUGGUGGAAUUUUGAAUAUUUUGGAUCAGUAUUUGAUUCCUUCAGCAGUUUCUGGUGAAUCGAAAGUUUUUUAUUUGAAGAUGAAAGGUGAUUAUUAUCGGUAUUUAGCUGAAUUUAAAGUUGGAAAUGAUCGCAAGGAAGCUGCUGAAGAUACUAUGCUUGCUUACAAAGCUGCUCAGGACAUUGCUCUUGCGGAACUUGCCCCAACACAUCCUAUACGACUUGGGUUGGCUCUCAACUUCUCAGUGUUCUACUAUGAGAUUCUGAAUGCAUCAGAAAAAGCAUGCAGCAUGGCUAAGCAGGCAUUUGAGGAAGCUAUUGCUGAACUGGACACAUUGGGUGAGGAAUCCUACAAGGAUAGCACCCUUAUCAUGCAGUUGUUAAGGGACAAUCUCACUCUCUGGACUUCUGAUAUGCAGGAGCAGAUGGACGAGGCUUGACGAAACUGCUCCUCUGAGCUGGGCUCAAAUGUCACACAAGCAGUCUGUAAAAUCUACAUAUGCUACUGAUAGCUUUUGUAUUUGAUACAUAUCCUGUCUACUGUCUUUCAAACUUUUGUUUCAUACUUUUGAUGAUUUUAAUUUUAUUUCUCUAGCUUUCUUUUGUUA